AUGUCCACCCGCCACCUCACUCCAGCCAAUAGCAGGCUGCCACGUCGCCUUCCCCGCCGCCUCAGCCAACCGGCGCGCGCCACCUCACCCCGCCUCUCUCUCCUCCGCCGCCGCCGGCCCGCGCGGCCCGCAGCCGGCCCGCGAGGCCCGUCCGCCGCCUGCCCAAGCGUCCGCGCACCGCGCGCCUGUCCCGCCGCCGCCGCGACCCGCGGGCGCCGCCGCCGCAGCUCCUUUCUCCGCCGUCCCGCCGGCGUGUCUCGCCGUCCCCGCGCCGCCCUGGCCGCGCCGUCCCCGCGCCGCCUCACUGGAUCCCGCCGGCCGUCGCCACGGGGCGCCGCGCCGCCGCCUCCCGCGGGCGCCCGAGCUCCGUGCCCGCCGGACCUCGUCGCCGCCGGUGCCGCCUCCCCGCCGACCCUCUCCUCCGUCCCCGUCCUCCGGCGUCGCCCUCCUCCCGCCACUGCUCCGGCGAGCGCCGGCCUGGGCCCGAGCUCGAGUGGCCUCCCCUCGAUCCAGAUCUACAGUGCACGAGGUUGA